AGCUUCUCAGACCUCAGCAGAGGAACAAGAGGGAAAGUCCACCUUCCCAAGCACAGCCUUACCAUCCACCUCAAUAGACUGCUUGUCAGUUUCACUACCAACAGAAAGGGGCCUACAUAUCCAAGGAAGAAAUGUCAAGUGAUAAGUCCAGUGACUCUAAGAAUGAUCUCAAGAAUUGUGAUCCCAGAUGUGAACAAAAGUGUGAGACCAAAUGCCAGCCCAGCUGUCUAAACAAGCUGCUACAACGCUGCUCUGAAAAGUGUUCACUAGACAAGUGCCCACCAUCAACAAACUGUCCUCCAUGUCCUCCAUGUCCUCCAUGUCCCCUAGUGUGUCAGUCGCCGUGUUCCACACCAACUUCCCCACUCUGUCCACCACUGUGUAGCCCAAGAUGCUCCUGUACCCUGGCAUGUUGUCCACCGUCAUGCCCCCAAAAAGGAUGUGUCAAGCCUUGCCCUCCCAAGUGCCCCUCUCCAUGCCUACCCCGAAAGUGAGGCACCAUGGGCAACACCCCACCACUACCACCACCACUGGCCUCCAUUACCACCUACAACAUGUGGGCCUGGAAGUGAAACCAUGAACUGACAAAGACCUUCCUCUGCUGUGGAUCACUUCUGCUACCUUGGAGGAUUUGCUCUUGUGGUGGUUGUUACACAGCAUUCUGCCAAGAAGCAAUCCGUGAGAGUGAGAUCUUUGAGGACCCCACAGCCUCUGCCUGUCACAUAGGGGAAGGUCCCUUUCCAAAGAAUGCCAAGUCCUGCUAGGGCAAUGCAUGACACCAACCUUGCCACCACUGGCCUCCAUUACCACCUACAACGUUGUGGGGCUGGAAGUGAAACCAUGAACUGACAAGUAAACAUGUUCCUCUGCUGU